AUAGUAAGAAUAUGUUUAAAUGCGUAAACUAUAUAACCUGCUGAAACUGAAGAGGAUUGUCAACGUGAAAUUAUUCAUUUAUUCUUUGUGGUUGCGAAACCUAGCUUCUGACAUGGCUGCGUAGGUGAAAUAUUUAUUGCUCCAAAGUAAAAAUUACUCGGAGUCUCCAUUCAAUACGCCGACACCAAUAAUUUCCAUGGCAUCUUAAAAACUGCUUCCAUAUUUAUGAGAUACCUGCAAGGUUUUUCUCCAAAGGGGAAAAAAACAUGGUACAGACAAAGAAAUUCAGAGGUGUCCGGCAGCGUCAGUGGGGCUCUUGGGUAUCUGAGAUUCGCCAUCCUUUACUGAAGAGAAGAGUAUGGCUAGGCACAUUUGAGACCGCCGAGGCAGCGGCAAGAGCAUAUGACCAGGCUGCCAUUUUGAUGAAUGGACAGAAUGCCAAGACCAAUUUCCCCGCAGAUGACAAGCAAGGUGGUCGUAUCGACGAUGAGUCUCCGUUGCCGGCCAAGGCUCUUUCUGAGCUUCUCAAUGCUAAGCUGAGGAAGUGUUGCAAAGACCAAUCUCCAUCUCUCACUUGCCUCAGGCUCGACACCGAUAAUGCUCAUAUCGGAGUUUGGCAAAAACGUGCAGGCACUCGUUCGAGUUCCAGUUGGGUCAUGAGGGUUGAGCUCAGGAAUAACAAGAUGAUUACACCGGCAUUGGAUGAUGGAUCGGCAUUAUCGCCGGGGUCGUUGCCGCUUGAUACGGCUGAUGAUGUUGAAGGGGAAAGUCAUGUGAUAGGAGAAGAAGAUAGGAUUGCGCUGCAGAUGAUAGAAGAAUUACUCAAUUGGAAUUGCCCUAUGACUUCAACCGGAGUUUAGGGGAAAAAAUAUCCAUGGAAUACCAUGUACAUCCUCAUUUUAUCAAGCCUGGUGCAAUAAGCAGUAUUUUGCCAGGUAAUUGUGGAAUUUACCAUAUGAAAGCAAAUGUAAGCACCAGUGCAACAGUUUAACCUAUUAAUCCAAGUUUAAUGUUAGUUAUCUGUUAGAAU